AUGUCCGCCGAGAUCAGCGAACUCAAGCCUCUCGGCCUUAGGGCUGUACAGCACCAACAUCGAGACACCCCGCGAGUCGAUCCCUUCGCUUUCGACCGCAACGAUGAUAAGAUACACGUGCUGCUAUGCGCGAGUGGCUCUGUCGCGACCAUAAAGAUCCCCAACAUGAUAGAUGCGCUCGCAAAACAUGAGCAUGUGCGCAUACGACUGAUCUUCACGGCCUCAGCUGCGAACUUCUUGCAGGGCCAGAGCGCAGAGCAGCCCUCAAUAGCGGACAUAGAAGCGCUUCCGAAUGUAGAUGCCGUCUAUUUCGAUGCAGAUGAAUGGGCAGAGCCCUGGAUUCGUGGGAACAAGAUCCUACACAUCGAGCUACGGAGAUGGGCAGAUAUAAUGGCUAUAGUGCCCCUCAGCGCCAAUGAGCUGGCGAAGGUUACUCAAGGCUGGUCAGACAACCUACUUCUAUCUGUCGUGCGCGCAUGGGAUACUACCGGCCUGGUGGAUCCAGUACGUGACAUACCAGGUGUGCAGUGGGCGGAAGAGGUAGCAGCGGAGGGUGUGAGAAGAAAGAAGAGGAUACUCGUCGCGCCGAGCAUGAACACAGCAAUGUGGCUUCAACCCAUCACGAAGAAGCAGAUAGAUGUAUUGAAUGACGAGUGGGGUGUCAACAACGGGGGUUGGUUUGAAGUACUGCAGCCCAUGGAGAAAGAGCUAGCAUGUGGCGAUGUAGGAGGAGGAGCAAUGAAAGACUGGAGGGAGAUCGUGGCAAUCUUAGAAGAGCGCCUGGGCCUGAGCGACGUUGCCGCGCAAUGAAGCGUUAUUCUGGUCCCUCAACAUAGUCGGAUCCCUUGAUCCCCAACAUAUGCACACGCUUGUCCUGUUUUACGGCUUCUUUAACUCGCAAUCCAACCAUAGACAGAAAACAGAACCUCAAG